UGGUUGCCUGGUGACCAGCCAGGUCCCGCCCGCCGCUCUUUGGUUACUUAGUAACCGCUGAGGCCUACGGGGCCGGUAGUUGGUGGGACGAGACUAUAAACCGCCUUAGGCCAAGGAACCCCGGGCUCUGUGCUGCCGUGUAUCCCGGUGAGGUGGAGGAGAGCAGUUUCUGGUGAAUACUAGUUCAGGAAUACAGAAAAGAUGAUCUGUCCCUAUUCUUUGCAUUUGUAGAAUAGACUAGAAGUGUAUUUAAUGUGAGCAGGGCCAUCUGGAGGGGAUUACAUGGAUAAAACAGAGAUGUCUGGAAUGUCUACAUAGAGGAUUUCUCCCUCUGCUGGAUAUCGCUGAUCUGCAUGUUGUAGGCUGGCUAUGGGUGACUGGAGGACGGGAAACAUGCCGGAAUCAGAAAGUAGAAUUAUUUCACGCUACAACUCUGAGCCCAGAAUGACUUCACCAACCCUCCUACAGCCCCCGUUCAGCAUAGCCAAAAUCUCUGAAGAGUUUUGUAAUGAAGACAAUGUAGAGCAGUGUAUAUCGUACAUUGACCAGGAGCUUGUAACAUUGGGUUUUCCGUCUUUGCAAACUGUGUCUAAAAAUGGCGGCGGAAGAAGGCUUCAUGUGGUGUCCAUUAUGAACUGCAUCCAUGAACUGCUCCAGCGACACACCCGAGACCUUAGAAGGCGCGAAGAUGUAGAAAUGCAGCUCCUUAAAGUAAACAGCGAUAUGGAGCAUCUGCAGAACAGUCAAAGUAAACUUAGGGAUCAGCUGGAUCUGACUAAACGAGAAAACGCUGCUCUCCUGGAGAGAGAGCGACAGCAGCAGUGCAAGAACCACAACCUCCUGCAGCUGCUGAAGAAUGAAAAAGAAGAGGUUCAGAAGCUGCAGAAUAUCAUUACCAGUCGUUCCACUCAGCAUAAUCAUAAUAUGAAGAGGAAGGAGCGGGAGUUUAACAAGCUGAAGGAGAGACUGUACCAGCUGGUGAUGGACAAGAGAGACAAAAAAAUCUCCAUCGAUGUGCUGAACUAUGUUGGUCGGGCUGAUGGCAAGAGGAUGGCUUGGAGAACAAGCAAAACAGAUGCCAAAAAUGAAGAGGAGAUGUACAAGGUUCUGCUCGGUGACUAUGAACAGCGGCAGAAGCAGCUAAUGCUUGAGAAUGCCGAACUGAAGAAAGUCCUGCAGCAAAUGAAAAAAGAAAUGAUCUCCAUCCUUAGCCCGCAGAAACAGAAGACUAAAGAGAAACUAGAGGACAGUCUGGGCCCAAUUCUGUCAGAUGGGGAAGAGGACACUGCAGACUCCAGUAAGGACCACCUGAUCGAGUUAUCAUGUGUGGCAGUCAGGGAGCAGCUGGUUAACAGCAUCCGUCAGCAAUGGCGCAUACUGAAGAGUCACGUAGAGAAACUAGACCACCAAGCUUCUCAAGUACGCGUGGUAUCCCCGGAUCGCAAAGGUUUGAUUUCCAGGGAAGAACAUGAAAAAGAGCUCGAUCUACUAAAAGAGGAAAUACAAAGCUGUAAAGAAACCAUAAAUAACCAGCAGCAGCUGUUACAGCAACAAGUUGUUGUAGCAAGUGAUGACGAUACCUCCACCCUGCUGCAGGAUUGCUACCUCCUAGAAGACCAAGAGCGACUCCAGCAAGAAUGGAAACUCUUCAGUGAGCAGAAGAAAAACUUUGAAAAGGAAAGAAGAAGUUUCACCGAAGCUGCAAUCCGGCUCGGUCAUGAGAGAAAAAUGUUUGAGGAAGAUCGAGCGCUGUGGUUAAAACACCAGUUUCUGAAUAUGACCCUGUUUACUGACCGAAAGAGCUCAGAGCACUGCCAACCUCUAAGUGCCUUAAGCCCUGAUCAAGAGUUUCCUAAUGGCCAAUCGAAGUCUCCUCAAAGUAUUCUUCGUCCAUCAACCUCAUCAGAUGUCACAAGAAGCAUUGGAAAAUCACUGCCAGCUACUCCUGCUCCCAAACAACCUCUUAAUAGAUACAGAUCAUUUCGAAUCGAUCCUAAUGGCAGCGACUCGUGAAGUCCGGACAGACUUUGACGCUGGCUCAUCCUCAGCACUUGCACACACCGGCCAGUGGCCUUGUUUCUAAGUUGUCUAAAUUAUGACUACGUCUCUCCCUGGUCUGAUCUUUCUUUUUGCUAUGAAUUUAAUUACUGCCUGGAUAAAUGAGUUGUCUGUUCUGAAUUCUGGAGCAAAUAGAUUAUUUAGCCUAUGUGGCCCUUUUUACGUUAGCGGCUUGUGUGCUCCAGACUGGGGCCCGUGUAUGUAUGUGCUGUAUGUGGAUUUCAUAGCUUAUGACUGAAUGAAUAGAGGUUUUUCUUUUCUUUUUUUCU